GACGCCAUUAUCGUCGAAAGCUCAAUACUUUACAGUACGCGACGUAAAUCGAUCCGGUGAAACAUUUUCAAGCUUCCCAGUUGGAUCCACGUACCGAUCGUCGCUGCGUUAAAAGUAGUUUUACCAUAGAUCCCUUUACCCCACCCGGUCAUUUGUCCUUCCCUCUCAUUCCCGUCACCUCGCUUCCUCCCCUCCUCUUCACAUGCCUUCUCUUUUACUCCAUUCGGCUCCACUUUCUACGGGCUUUUCGAGAUUCCCGCGGGUAGGGCGCGGACAAGUACACACACGGGAGCGGGAAGAAGCAGAGGCGACGCAGCAUCGGAGCGCGAGGCGGAUAAAGGAGCGAGCGAGGACGCGCGUGUACGCGACGUCGCGUCGCUCGAGGGCUGAGUGAGCCGAAGCGCGGCGUGGUGCGAGGUGCGACGACGAGAUGCCGAGAGAGCGCGGCGGCAUGGAGACCCUGGAGUCGAGCCGCGUGUGCCGCCUGUGCGGCCAGCAGUCGGGCAUCUCCAUCAACAUCUUCGACAAGAGUGAGAACCACGUCAGAAAGAUCAACGCCGUGCUACCGAUCAUGGUGCACGAGAUGGAUCUACUGCCGAAGCAGAUGUGUCAUCGGUGUAGCUACAAGCUGGAGGAGUUCCAUAAGUUCUACGUGGACUGCCUGAAGACGGACUCGGCGCUCAAAAGUCAAUUGUCGUGGAUGCGAAAGGGCCGGGGCAAGGAGAAGAUCGGUGUACCGAUGGUGCAUAUUGAGAACGUGAAGAUCAAGGCGGAGUCGCUUGAUUACGACGUAUAUGAGCUGGAACCACUGAUAGAGAACAUGGAGUAUAUCAACUCGAUGAAUUCGAUGGCACUUCCUGCCGAUGGAAUUCACAACGGAUUGACAUAUGCGACACUUUCGCGAUGUUGCUGUGAUAAGAAGGACCAAAGUAAAGCAAGAAGGACCGCGGAAUUCUGUCAGAAUUAUAGAAAAUCUGUAUCUAAAUGCGACGAGAUCGCGGCCGACUCGCGGAAAAGGACUCUCGAGAACACUGCCGCCAAAAUAAAACCGAUCAAGAAGAAUACUUUUACGCAAGCGAUGUUUCCAGAUUGUCCGCAGAAUCGUCUUUCUUGCGUCGAAGCUAUAGGGAAUGCGCGAGAUCGUUUGGUCGCAGAUACGAACGCCAAAGAUGUAUUCUCCGUGAAGACGCGAAACCGUUCUUACGGUCUCGAAGCGGUUUCUAGAAAUGAAGUAACUUCGAAAAACACGAUAGUGCGGAAUUUGAGACCCAGGAACAAUUUGGUGAACUAUGCAUUAGAUAAAAGGAGAACGAUAAUGCAAAAUUUGAAACCCAAGAAAAAUCUAGUAGACUAUGCGUCGAAUAAGAAAAGAAUGUCGAUCGAUGUUGAUUCGGGACCAUCUGUAGCAAGCAACUCGGAUAUUUCUAAUCCGAAAACAACGUUCGCGUCAAACUUUACGUUGACUCGACAGAUCAAGGUGGAACAAAUGGACGAGUUAGAAGGACGUAGCUUAAGACCAAGAAAGAAUGUCGUGGAUUAUCAGGAACCGAAAAUGAGGAAAGUAUCAGAUUACCGCGCGAAGAGACGCAAAGUGGAAGGUACGGAGCAGAACUCGAAGCUGCAUUUGAAAAAUGAAAAUGAAUUUGCUCCGAAGCUCAAGAUAAAACAGGAAAUUUUGGACGAUCCGGAAGACACGGUGUUCAGUGAAACAACCAACGCGAUAUCUCAAUUACCGAAUAACUCGCUCGCCGAUUUACCCGCGAAAGUCGAAGCACUGACAAGCGAUAACGAUAUCAGUUUACAAGAUGAUAUGUCAGAUUAUUUCAAGUCGAGUCAUUCACAAUUACGAAAUAAAUUUCAGUUAGCCAAGCGAAAAUCGUUGUCCACCAUCAUGAAAAAUAGCCUGGUGAAGACGAAGAUCUAUCGAUUGCCAGCGGCGAAUUAUUCGCCAAAAUGCCUGAGGAGUCAGGAUGCUUUCCUGAGAAAUGGCAAGACGAGAAAGAAUGAUUAUAUGGAAUGGUCAGUGAAAAAAUUACAAACGAAGAAACUGAUGGACAUAGUUAACAAAAGCGCAAAGAUAAAGCCAGCGAUGGUAAAGCUGGCCAAGACCAUUAAACACUACUGCGAAACGUGCAACGUCAGCUUUAAGAACAAGGAAUUGUUCAGACUACAUAGAUGCUACUACGAUUGAUCUUUCCUCACGUGGCCGAAUUUCCAAGAAAAUUUACGAGCCAUCUAAAGAAUAUUUGAAAGAGUAUGAAAGAGAAAGUUUUUUUGGAUAUCUUCGCUAUAUAUGAAAGACGUUCGAGAGAUUAAGACGUAUUUUUAAAAUGCGUAAAAGAGAAAUCUUUCAUUUUUGGUUGUACAUGUGUGAGAAUGCACAUAUACCUAUAAAUUUCUAUCUACAGAUUAUUUCGAUAAUUUUUUUUUUUUAUUUCUGGAGAUAAUGCUUUUGAAACGAAAGGCGCUUUAUUUAAAUUUAAUAUUCUAUAUUAUAUAACGAUAACGAGAGACGAAAUUUCUUUUCAUGAAAUGUGCCUGCUUGUAAAAAUUGUAGCAAAUUUCUUAAUUUUUUUACAAUGCCAAAAAAAACAUCAGUUAUAUAAUCAUUGAUCUUUUCUAUCUUUUUUUUUAUUGAAAUUUUUUUUUUUUUGGCUUUUAUUAAGAUUAUUAAUACAUAUAUGAGCACAUGGACAAUAAAAAAUAACAGAUAAAAAAUAACAGAUUUGUUUGUACAUAUUAUAUUUUGUUUAAAUAUAUUAUCAUCUGUUAUUAUCUUUAUUAUAUCAUUUAUUUUGUAAACGAGAAUAUAUAUGCAUACUUACUUGUGUGUCAUCUUAUGUUACAUUAAACAAUGACACUGUUGCAUAUGCUUAAGAUUUUAUGUAAAAAAUUCACAAGUCGCCUUCAAAGAUUAAGAAAUAAAUAUAUGAAUAUAGCUAGAGAUCUAUUUUAUGAAAGGCAAGAGAUAUAAAUAUAUGUCAAUAUAUAUUUCAUGAGAAUAUGUGAUAUAUGUAUAUGAACAUAACGACCGAUUUUUUGGAGAACUCUAUGUAUGCAGAUUAGGGCAUAUAAUAUUCGCAAAUUGCUUUUUUUACGCUACUUUGAAAUUUUAUAUAUGAACACGAUUGAUGUAUAGUUUGACAAUAUUUUUCUAUUUGACAAAAAAAUCAUGUUAUUUAAAAGAUCAAUUUUUUUUUAGAAUUGUUGAACAUUCAAUUUUAUAAACAUUAUAACGAUUAAUAUAUAUACGGAUUUGUUAAGUAAUUAAUUGUAAUUACUUUAAUUUCAUCAUUAUAUAUCAUCAAAUAUUGAAUAAUAUUAUUAUAUCAUUAAAUUUGAUUCACAACAAUAAUAUUGAUAUUAACUGUGUAAGCUUUUAUGCAAGCUUUUAUUGUUGCAAAGUGCUUCUCUAAAUAAUCUGUCCGUUAAUAUACAAAUAAAUAGACGGCGUUGUUAUUCCCUAAAAAUAUAUCUUUCUCAUAUCAUUGAACCAAUUAAUAAAUGUUAUACAACUGCAUAAAUUAUAUAA